AUAUCAAAACGCAUGCGCCCGCUACAGCGCCACCUCGGUAAAAUUUGUAAGCACAAAGAGUAAAGAGAUCCGCCGCCAUUUUGACAUUUGUUUGGCUUUUGUGUUACCGAUUGGAAAAUAUCAUGUAAUUAAUUGAUAUUACUGCUUUGAAACUUCAUUUUCGCGAACAGACAUUGUUUUAUGUUUGCCGGAUGCGUAAUUUCCAACAUAGAAACCCAAAAAUUUUUCGUCGAUCUCUGGAAAAAUCGAUAUUGCUAUAGUGCCGCUCUUUUUGUUUCGCGUUGCGAAUAAUGUGAUAAUUUCUGUAAUAAACUCAUGAAAGUUUUGAAACAUGACAUUUAGUAAAACUUUUUGUGGUUUUGGUGUACUAUACGGGUAAAUCAGCUUUGAUUUCCCGUAGAAAGUUAUGCUACAAAAAGGCGCGAAGCAGUUGCGACUAUUACAUUUGCGAAAAAAUAAAAAUGCAGGAGUAAAUUUAAAAAUAAUGUACACAAGUACGAAUUAAAUGCCUAAGAUCAUUUAGUGCUCUCUAAAAUUUUUUAAAUAUAUCCAGUACUGCUUAAAGUGAAAAGUAUUCUUUUCUGCCAAGAAUUUACAUGUUAAGUUUACCUUCAUACCUGCAAUGCGGUUAAGAAGUAGAAAAAGAGAGCGCCCGCUCUCAACGAAAGCAACAUCAAGAUCAGCCCAAUUAACGAAGUGCAUUGUCAAAAGUCUUCCAAAACCAACCAACACUUGGAGGAAGGCAUUGAAACACGAUACAGUUAAAAAUGCCCUAUCUGACUAUCACUGUGUUACAAGGUCACAGAGAUUGAAAACUAGACCAGUGAGAACACCUCGCAGCAUGGAAAAGCCAGUGGAAAUACAUAAACCUCGCCCUAAAAUCAAAGAUAUUCCGAAAAAUACUAAACCAAUCUUUCAAACAGUGGUUAGGCCUAACAAAGACACAAUGACUCCGUCUACUAUUAUUAAAAAAUCACACAAUGAUAAAGUUUCUACAACAAAGAAGGAGGUUACCACUACCAGAAGUGUUCAGCUACGUCACAGUUCUCUGAACCGUGAAUUGAGAAAAAAUGAAAUAUCAUCUGCAAUCUCUUCUCCUAGGAAAACAAAACGCAUUGAUAACAAGUCAGUAUCAUUAAACAAUUCACCGAUACGCAAAGUCCGUCAAAUAGGCUUAUCAAGUCCAAAGGCCAUCAGCUCGAACAACGAGAGCCCUAAAAAGAAGACUAAGAAAGCACAAACCGAAUCUCCCAGUUGGUCAGAUGAGAAUGACAUUACAAUGUACGAACCUCACACAACAACCUUUGUUGAUUUCCCGACUUCAAAGUCUGAAGGAUCUGACUCUGAAAAUGUAGAAUCAUCUGAGCUAUGUCUUCCAAAUGACUGUUUGAAUGAUUUCAUCGCAAUUGCUGACUGUGAGACGCUCAUCAAUCUGCCGGCUAGCACCGAUGAAGAUAUUAAUUAUCUGGCUGACAAAGCAGCUAGAGUAAUGACAACUGAAAAGGAAGAGAAGAAUAAUAUAUCAAGGUCCAACUCAACAGAAAAGAGGCUGUUGAAACGCCGGAAGUCCAGCAAUGACUUGGAGAUGUAUCAGCCAACAUCGACAACUGACGACCUGGACCCCUGUACUGAGUUCCUUGCUAAUGGAGACAAAUAUGUCCAGGAGGAUCUCUCUGCCCUAGACGAGCGUGAUGGGUACGUCCGUUCUUCUGAAUGCGAGAUAUCGUCGACAUGCUCCCAGGGCGGCGCCAUGGAGCGACUGCGCGCCCUCUCCGCACGGAGCCCCACCACCGCCUUCCUCGCUGGCAUUACACACAGCCUCAACGAUGACACGCAUGCCUGGAAUGGCACCGAUUUAACAGCAGAUGAGUCUUCAUUGACUUGUCACGAUGAGCAAACGCCCACUGACAUUGAGGAGGAAGCAGCCGAUGUGAUAUCGUCAUGCAGCAGUCGGGUUGAUUGUGAACAGAUCUCUUCAUGGGUAGAUGCCUUUGAUCCCUAUUUGUUCAUUAAACAGUUGCCACCAUUGGAGACGGUGGCCACGGGGGCAUUACGAGCGCGCUAUCCAGCUUUACCACUGAAGACCAGAACCAGCCCUGACUUCAGCUUGGUUUUGGACUUGGACGAGACAUUAGUUCACUGUUCCCUUCAAGAGUUGCCAGAUGCCAGCUUCCAUUUUCCAGUGCUGUUUCAAGAUUGUCGUUAUACUGUGUUCGUUCGCACGCGGCCUCACUUCGCGGAGUUCCUGUCGCGCGUGUCUCGUCUCUACGAGGUCAUACUGUUCACGGCCAGCAAGCGGGUGUACGCGGACCGCCUGCUCAACCUGCUCGACCCCUCCCGCCGCUGGAUCAAGUACAGGUUGUUCCGGGAACACUGUCUCCUCGUGAACGGAAACUACGUGAAGGACCUGUCGAUCCUGGGCCGCGACCUCCGCAAGACUGUCAUCGUCGACAACAGCCCGCAGGCGUUCGGGUAUCAGCUGGAGAACGGCAUCCCGAUAGACAGCUGGUUCGUCGAUCGGAGUGACAACGAACUGCUGAAGCUCUUACCAUUUCUUGAGCAUCUGGCCACGAAAGACGACGUCCGCCCCUACAUCAGAGAUAAAUACAAGCUCUUCAGUUACCUGCCGCCGGACUAACUCGAAAGAUUGAUGUUACAAUAACAAAAUAACGCGUGCAAUGUGUAAUAUACAAUUUAAAAACAGUGAAAAAAUAUAUUAAAAAAAUAAUUCGGGCUUAUAAUCAGACGAGACGAGUGGAAGGUACCGUACGGUCGUCGACAGUGACAUUGACAGUGUUAACGCACGGUCGGACAAGAUUCUCUGUCUCUCUCUAACUCGUAAGUUUUUAAGUACCUUAAGUUUACUUAUAAGUAAGUGAUAUAAAAUUUUGUAGAUUAUUUCUUAUAGAGGAUUUGAAGAGCCCAAUUUAGCGCUGUCACAGCAAAAAGUGUAUAUUACACAAUGUACGUCUUAAGUAAAGUAUUGUUUGUUAAAGAUUGAGAUAAAAUUAUUGCCGGGCAAAAAAUGUGUGAACAUCUCAAUAUCCGUGAAAUAAGAUUGGAUCCUAUGUAUGCUUAAACAAUUAUUAUUGUUCAUUAACAAAUUUUAUCAUGAAAAUUGUCUUAUAAGAGAAAUAUCUGUACUAAUAUGUAUUAUAUUUGUAAGAUUGUUUGUUAAUCAAUCGAAACAGAAAUGGCUAAUCAUGGAUUUGGAUGACAUUUAUAUAACAAAGUUAGUUUAUAAGUUGGCAGGGUUAUCCGGAGACAUUCGUGGAAUGUUAAAGCAAACUCACCUUCUCACACCAGCCGGCUCAUCGUGAUGAGGGGUUGUGAGCCCGCACGGGUAGAUACCACCGCCCUGCCUCUUUCUGCCGCGAAGUAGUAACGCGUUUCGGUUUUAAAACAGAGACAGAGCUCAUUUUAAGGUGGUCAAAGUAUAUGACGUCACCCGGGCAACGUCGGGUAUAUCCGCCACAACGCGCCAUUGUUUGUCGUCAAGGCUAAUUAUAAAAACAUUAUAAAUGACUAGCUGUACCCGUCCGCUUCGCUGGGCAUUUAAAAUUAACAUUAUUAUUUCUCACCCCCACAAAGAUUCUCAUCAUUAACGCCCCCCCAACUGGUGUAGGGAGUCCAACACUCAUAUAAAUAUUAGCCUAUCCAUUAAGUACAUGUAUGUUCUACAUGGAUACCGAGUUUCAAGUCAAUCAGAUGUAUGGUUCAGUAGUUAUAACGGAACAUCCGUAAAAACCAUUGUAGAUUUAUAUAUUAGUAUAGAAAUGGAGAUAUACUAGAAGGCUUUGUUGUUUUAUGACAGACAGAGAACGCACUAUCGCGGGUAGUGACGUCAGCGCCCUCUGACUUCAUGGCAUUAAUAUAUAUAUAUUUUUUUUAAUUUUAUGACCUGGUGACAGAGACCUUUAGGUCAUAUCUUAUUUGGAAAAUGUUCAUUACUUUGGCAUGGCAUUAAUAUAAGCGAUACCAGUGAAUUACCCUCUUUAUUAUUUUGUUUUAAACUAAAAUUUGGAGAAGUCUUGUGAAGAAACUGUGAUUAUUUUUUUUAAUAAUUAUUUUUUGGUACGCGAAAUGCAGAGUGAAUAUUUAAAUGUUGCUAGUUACGAUAUGUGUUGAUUGAAUUCUGAAUGUCAAAUAUCGAUCGCGCUCGAAGCUUUUAAGAAUGUCUCGUAACGUAAAUUAGACUUUAUGUCUAUACGGCUAGGGUAUAUUGUCUUUUCGCAUUAUAAGUGAACAAUUUCCAAAAAUGUUUAAAAUUGAGUUUAUAUGCGGACUCAUUUGAUAACAUCAGUAUUUUUCUCAUAAAUACUGUCCAAAGACCGUGGUUUGGGUUAAUUUUUUUUUUUAGUUUACCCAUGUUUUGACUGCUAUUAACAAAACGAAUACAUAAUUUUAUCUUACUUAAAAGACAGAUAAUGUAACUGGUAAAAAAUAAAAAAUUAACGUUGCAAAUAUGAUUAAUAUUAAAAAUAUCACAUGUUAAACCUUUAAAACACUCUCCUUUAAAAUUAGCAAAUUUUUGAGAUUAUACAGUUUUAAUGCGAGAAGACGAUAUACUUUUCGAAUUUAUAAUUAAAUUGCAUGUUAUCGAGAUGCAGCUACAAGUUAUCUUUUGUCUCUUUCGGUCACAAUUCGUAGCACACGUGGCUCGUAGCGCUCAAGUGGCUCGUAGCUUACCCGUAGCUCGUAGCGCCUACGUGUUACGUAGCGCACACGUAGCACGUCUUCUUCUAUAUCAGUGUUUCCCAACCUUUUUUGUGCCACGCCCCACUGUAACAUUUCUAAAAUGUUUUUUGCCUCCCAUACAUAAUUUUUAACAUUAAAAAAUUUAUUUGUUCACUUAAAAAACAUAAAUGAUAGGUUUUAAGGAUAAAUCACUAUGAAAUUGUUGUUAUCAAAACACAGUUAGUAAUAUUAAUUUAGUGCGAUUGCCCCCCUUAAUUAUUAAAUUACCCCUUGUGGGUCGUGGGCCCCACGUUGGGAAACGCCGCUCUACAUCUAUAAUGCCGUAGUUCGGCUUGACCCACAAUAAGAUCGAAUCGUUUUAUCGAUGGAUCCCCUCACUAGGGUCCACCCGGGUCACGAUGUAUCGAGAGAUGAAAGGCUAUUUGGUUUGAGCGACAUUUCGCUUAUAAAGAUCAGUUUUAUUUGGUAUUAACAUCAACAAUUCCAUGUUUUUAAUUGAACUUCACAAUCAAGCUUACCACAAUCAAAUAGCUGAAGAACUUUUUUUUAUUCUCAUAUUUCUUUUCUAAUUUUAACUGUCAAAUGACUGCUGUAAUGUCACAAAAAUAUCGAUUAAACCAAAUAGCCUCUCACAUCUCGUUAUGAUCGAUCAAUCGAACCUUUCCUACUUCGUCUAUUGUCGUUACAUUUUUUUCUUUACGGACUCAACUUUACCUCCUUUAAGUUCCAUUCGGUUCGGCGGAAUACCCGAGAAUGUUCAAUCAGCACAAAUCGGAUUGUUACCGUCGCAGGUAAGGUAAGCACCAUCUUGUCGUAUAGGGAACAAGUUAAAUAAGUCUCCGCAGUGUUCUUAGGUCUACCCAUUCCUCUGUCAACGCCACGGCAAGGGAAUUGAGUAGUGAGAGCGUCUGUGCCUUGCGGUCAUGGAGGGUAGAGAAAUAAGGAGCACCAUCUUGUAUGGCGGACAAGUUGAAAGAGUAUCCGCCUGUAAAAACCAAGUUAUUGUUGCAAGACUCACCGAAAUAGCGCUAGUGUAGGAAGUGGAAACGAUAUGAAUAUAACAGUUUUAAGCAGAGUUAAGUGUGCCGGGUUGAAGAAAAUAAUAUUUUUCGUGACUUUGUAGUUUUAAAAUAUGCAGUAUAUAAAUUCUCAACUAUUUAUUUAAAUAGGAAGUAUUUCUUUCCUUCUUUUUUUUUCCUACUUAUGCUGAUAGCCUUGAGAGGCUGUUUCAGCUCCACCCUAACGUUUGUAGGUGAGUUCACGGGGCUCUAACCGGUAGUGUUGCUAACACUGGCCCUAGCAAGAGCAGUGCUUCGCAGAAUCUACCACCGGAUCGGAAACGCGACCCGCUGAGAAGAUCCGGCGAGAAACUCAGUGGGUUGAUACACUGAGAUGGUGUUUCUUACUUCUUACCCUCCAUAUACCGUCGCAGCGGUGGUGAGAAGCCAACGAUCACCGUCAAAAUGGCAGCCUAUUUUUAUUUUCGUUUACUAUAUAAUUGGAGGUUAGAGCAGAAAUAAGAUCACAUAUGACACAUCCGAACCAAAACGUCACAAGUCAAAUGUCGGUUCCACAAUUUUGAACUGUAAAAUCUUAGCUUUUAAAUCGGUUCGGGAAAUAAUUGCGAGAAGAAAAUUGAAACAAAAAUUUUGUUUGUGAUUAAAAACUUGCUACAUACUAAAUUAUUAUUUUUUUAUGUUUCAGAAAAAAAAAUGUUUCAAUGCAAUUUAUUUUCCAAGUAUUUAUCUCUAUUAUAAGCGAUGUACUUAUUUUAGACUCGUAAAAGUAAUCUGAUAAAACGAAUUUUUGUAUAUUGCAAUAAACAUAUUACUAAAACGUUUUUGAAGGUGGCCACAUUAGUGUGCUAGAAAGCGAAGCAAGUCCGGUGAGAUUAUAAUAUUAUUAUUAGCUUUAUAAUAUAGCUAAUAAUAUUAUUAUAAUAUUAGCUAGCUAGAAUAGCCCCGUAGGCUUCUGGUGAAUAGAUAGAACAAAAAAUUAAUCCACUUUUUUUUUUUAAAGUUCAACGAACUAAAAUUUUGAAAAUCGAACCGGACAAUUUUGUAUAUAGCAAUUUUAAAUCGCGCCUUCAGGAACCGGAUGUGGAUUUCACGAUUGCAAUUAAAAAAAGAACGACGCAGUAACGCCAUCUUGAUUUAGUGUUUAUUAUCGAAUUUUUUUUGCAAACAUACUCAUUCUACUCUAUCUUCCAUAAAUGUAUCCUUAUAUACACUUAAUUGGUAGCUAAAGGUGCUAUUUUUUUCAUAUAUAUAAUUUUAUUUUAUAUUAUCGUACCAGUUUUAAGUAAUGUAAGUUGAAGUUUAAUAUUGAGUGUCUUUUUUUUUCUUUUUUUUUUCAAUUAGUUACGUGUUACGUCAUCGGCGGCAAAGAAGUAAGUUUUAUUUUAAUUUUUUUUAUAUUUUAUGCUGUCUUUUCUGUUUUACAGUACCCGACAAUAAACACUGCACAUCGCUCGACCUUUGGAAAGAGACGAUCGGCCAUUUUCAGCCACGUAAAGCGCUAUCUCUGUCGCACACUAUGUGAUGUGUGCGACAGAGAUAGCGCUCGAUGUGCAAUACUUAUCGCCGGGUACUGUACCGUUGUUCCAGUGGAUUGAAUCUAAUUUAAAAGCAGCGAUAACUCAGUGAAAACAAAAGGUCAUUAAUAGACAGAAAAAGUCCACAAAAAAAAUCGGCCCGUAAAUUCAGUUUAUUUUAUUUUAAGCAUAUACGUGUCAUGUGUAUGUUAUGUUGUAAUAUAUUUAACUCUUAUGUGUUGAAUAUUUGCCGGAUUACGAAAUAGCAGCUCGAGAUAUCUUCUCAACUCUUAGUAGAUAUCACGAUAUUCAGUUGGUGUUGUGUUUUAAUUAUAGUAGGUGACUUUUUUUUAUUUUAUUUUUUUAUUCCCUUGUAGGCAGACGAUCAUACGACCCACCCGAUGGUGAGUCGUUACCGUCGCCCAUGGACUUCAGCAAUGCCAGGGGCAGAGCCAAGCCGCUGCCUACCGCUUAAUACUACUUAAUACUCUACAUAAUAAUAUGUGUGUUUUAAUGAUACUAUCGAAAGGUGAUAAGGUUAAAUUUGGUCUAAGCGACAUUUUUGCAACUUUACCAUUGAAAAUUUGGAAAAAAUAUCUUAACCAAAAAAAACUUUUGAUUGGAGUAAAUCGUAUUUGUAGUUUGGGACGUAUUACGACGAAGGGAAGAUCUUCCACCGAGCGGGUGACAUUGCUCGGUAGACCGACGGUCCGAAUAUUGUUGUUCGGAACUUGAAUUGAACCUCAAUUAAGUUACUCCAUUCGAAUAGCCGAAGAACUUUAUUUUUGUGAUGAUAUUUUUUCUAAAUUUUUAUAUUUUAAAUGGCUCUCUUGUAAAGUUGCAAAAAUGUCGUUUAACUCAAAUAGUUUUUCACCUCUCGUUAUGUUAAACACAUGAAUGAAACGAAUUUCGAUUUUCUCGAACUAAUUUUUUUUUUUUUUUUUUUUCAUUUACAAGCUCGCAUCGACUUUAGGGCCAUUUGCCAAAUCUUAUACCUUUAAACGAGCAAUUCUUGUAUAUAUAUAUAUAUAUAUAUAUAUAUAUAUAUAGAUAAUCUGAAUCUCGGAAACGGCUCCAACGAUUUUUAUAAAAUUUAGUAUACAGGGGAUUUCGGGGGCGAUAAAUCGAUCUAGCCACGAUUUAUUUUCAGAAAAUGUUGUUUCAAUCGUGUUUUCAAUAAUCAACUUUACCGAUAAUCAACUUUAUGACUCUACCCGACAUCUAUUGGCGAAUAAUAAUACAAUUUUUUAUAAUUGAGAGCACUAAAGCUAUUUCAGCAGAUGGCGUUGUUAAGAAACCGGAAAAACACAAUUUAACGGUCAUGGUCUAGUGAGAUGUAUGUGAGACAGAUAACAAUGGUGUACAAACUGGUAGUUUUCCAAUGACAGCACAAGAGCGCAUUAUGCGGCAUAAUGCUCAACGUUGAAUGUUCCAACUACAGCAACUCGAAGCACAAUCGAGCACUCUCAAGAGUACUGCUCUCGCGUGAUACUCGCAAUCGAUACCGACUCAGUGACAGAAAAUUGACAAGUGUUUUUUUCUUUAAGUUGGCAUUGAUCGAAAUUUUGUUUAUAUUAUCGUUAGUAAUAUUAUUUAAUGUUGAAAAAAAUUGUAAGGCUUUCGUUUCGUCGUAGUUUCUUAGAAAUAAUCAAUGUUAUAAUUAAAACUGUGCUAACUUAGCGCACUCUGCUGAUGCAUUUGAAAACUAAUUCACGUUCCAAUUUAGCUUCAGCAUAAUUCGGCAUAAUUCGGCAUUGUACGUCACUGAGUCGCAUUAUGUCGCAUUAUGCUCUGUAAUUGGAAAACUACCACUGCAUGAAGUAACGACAGUAAUGACCAUAGUUGAUAAUUUAAAUCUUUUAUAAAUCGCGCGAGACAUGCGUAGUUUUGUUUUUGUUAUUGUAAUUAGGAGGGAGAAAAAAAAAAUUAUGUAAAUUAUUCUAAAUUAUUCAAUAGUUAUGCUUGUUGGACAUGAUGUGGACGUGGCUUAGGGUGCGGUCCGCGCACCAGUCGAUCGCAUUAAUCAAUUUAACACGUAAUCAUAGAUAGAUCGUCAUGAGAAAAAAUAAUAUUAGAGAAAAAAAAAUAUUUUUAGUCUGUAAUUCGAAUAAAUAAAUAAACUAGAGUAACCCCUGUACAUUGAGUAUUUAAAAAAAAAAAAAAUAGAAAUUUAAGUAUUUAUAUAUAAUCAAAUCAUGUCUUCGUAAUUGUGAGGAUUUUUUUUUAUUUAAAAUUAAAUUGUAAAAAAUGAGAAGUUAUUAGCGAUCAAAUUGUUUUUUUUUUAAUUUUUAUUUCGUCAGAUAUAUUGUACUUUUAAGACGUACCUACUCGAAUGUUUAACCUAUUAAAAUAUUUAAAGAAAA